AUGGAGUCACAUAUGAGCACGCACACGGGGGAAAACCCCUUCGCUUGCUCCGUGUGUGGCGAUCGCUUCGCGCUCAAGUCGGUCAUGGUGUCGCACACCCGCAUACACACCCGAGAGAAGUGCUACGCUUGCUCCGUGUGCGGGAAAAGGUUCCCUCAAAGGGUGUACAUGGAGUCCCACGUGAGGACUCACACCGGAGAAAAACCAUUCGCCUGCUCGCUUUGCGGAAAGCGCUUCCCGUACAGGAACAGUUUAAAGGCGCACAUGAAGUCGCACGGCGGGGAGGACGUGUUGGCCUUCCCCGUUUGCGGCGUGACCUUCGCUCAAACGAUGUCCCAGACUAAAGCUCAGUCCUCUGGAUGGACCCUCACCCCCCACUCCCGGCCCCAUGUCGACUAA